UCGACCGAAGGCUGGCUGGCGGGCGGUGGGUUCAAUUUGUUUUGACAAGCCUGAACAAGAAUUAGCAGGACUCUUACCAACUAGUUUUAGAAAAAUUUAAGGAAAGGAGGAACUUAAAUUGGUAUUCUUAUCAAACUAAUCUAUUGCUAUUAUGUCACUACAGAAUUGUCAACAUGAUUAGGUUGUUCUGAAAAUCUCACCUGCUGACAUACUUUGCUUGUAUACAAACUUUGGGUCAAAAAUAAAUACUUUUCGAGUUUGUUUCUUUCGUCUCAAGAGCGAUCACAUUGAAUCUAAAUUUUAUCGCACUUUUUCCACAUAAUUGAACUCAACAUGUAGUGGUCCUCUGAUACUGGACAUCUUCAUCAUAACCCUUAGCUCAAAAGAGGUAGAUCCUUUUUAGUCCAAAUUUACCAUGUCGGACGAAAGGCUAGUGACAGAGGUUCCUAGCAGCCUCAAACAGUUAGCACGAUUAGUGGUUCGUGGGUUUUACAGUAUUGAAGAUUCUCUGAUGGUUGACAUGCUUGUUAGAAAUCCGUGUAUGAAAGAGGAUGAUAUAUGUGAGUUGUUACGAUUUGAAAGAAAAAUGUUACGAGCUCGUAUAGCAACACUUCGUUCGGAUAAAUUCAUUCAAGUUAGACUUCGCAUGGAAACGGGGCCCGAUGGAAAAGCACAGAAGGUUAAUUACUAUUUUAUCAACUAUAAGACUUUCGUAAAUGUUGUGAAGUACAAAUUAGAUAUGAUGCGUAAACGCAUGGAAACUGAAGAAAGAGACGCUACUAGUAGAGCCAGCUUCCGUUGUCCCGGUUGUUUGAAAACUUUUACCGAUCUAGAGGCUGAUCAGUUAUUUGACAUGGAAACAGGAGAGUUUAGGUGCACCUAUUGUCGUCAGGUUGUUGAAGAAGACCAAUCAGCUAUGCCUAAAAAAGACUCUCGGCUUCUUUUGGCAAAAUUCAAUGAGCAAUUAGAGCCUUUAUAUAUUCUCUUGCGAGAGGUUGAGGGAAUUAAGCUUGCACCAGAAAUCCUAGAACCUGAGCCUGUUGAUAUCAACACUAUAAGAGGGAUUGACUCUAAGAAAUUAUCUAGUCAAAGACCUUCUGGCGAAAAUUGGUCUGGGGAGGCUACAAGAAGUCAAGGUUUUGCUGUUGAAGAAGCAACUGUCGAUGUCACUAUUGGUGAUGAAGAUCCCAAUGCUACAUCUGCAGGAAUUCCAAGGAAAGAAAGGCCAGUCUGGAUGGUAGAAAGCACCGUCAUGUCAUCAAGUGACCCUACAAAGGAUCGUUCGGAAAGCGGAUUACCUGAUAUAGCAGCAGUUGCAGCUGCAGCAGAGAGAUCAUCAGCUUCAUUAAACUCUGGAAAGACAAGCACUGCAGCAGGGGAAGAUAUCAUGUCAGUGUUAUUGGCACAUGAAAGACCAAGUGAACCACCAAGCAACACUGUAUCUAUCUCAGCUGCCACAGCCCUUGGUAUGAAAUCAGAAAUUGAUAUUGACAUCAAAGUGGAAAAAACCGAGCCUGAAACCAUGGAUUCUGAUGAUGAUGACAUGGAACCUACGGUUUCAGUUGGUGGUAAAAUUGUCCCACUGAGUGAAAUCAACGAUGAUUUGGUGGCUAAGAUGACUCAGAGUGAAAAAGAUGCCUACAUUCAAUUGUUCCAAGAUCAUUAUUCACAUGUUUAUGAUUAAUUUGACUUUUUAUUUAUUAGGUAUAAUUAACAUGAAAAUUUAUCACAAAUUUGUUUAAAUGUUGUUUAUUGCCUCUGUGUGUUAGCUAUCAAUGAGAAUAUGUGAGUGUUGAUUUUUGUUCCAUUUCAACAAGUAAAUAAUUUGGUAGGUCUCUAUUCCUCUUAAUAGUUCUAUUUUAUCAAGCAAAACCCAAUUAUUGAUAUUUUCAUGAAAGCCUUAGAGAAGAGAAAUGAUAUUCUUUCAAUUUAUUUGCAUCUGCCAGCUACAUUCUGUUCGUAAUCUCUCUGUUAUUGUUUUGUACCACUGUUAAUGUGCAUCUUGGACCAACAAAAUGUUGGCAAACAUUAGUAUGUAUCUACAAUUAAUGUUGUAAGAUGUCUUUUUGUUUUGAAACACUUGUGAUAUUUUUUGUAAGCACAUGUCAGUGUGUGUUCGUGUUUUGAAAGUAUAGUUUGAGACUGAUGGUGAAA